CACACACGAUAAGUCACGUGUGAACACACGCUCUCAUCUUCACUUAACAUUUUAUUUGUUUCUUCAUUUCAACUUGUUCGUUUUUGCGUUUAAUUAUUCAAGUUGCACUUUUCCUUCCGUUAAGAAUUUGAGAAAAAGCACCUGCAUUCUGUUUGUCGGCGGUUUAAUAUUAUACAGUGCGUUUGCGGAAGUGAUUUAAAAAACAGAGGAAGUGCCGUUGACUACACACAUCUGUUGAGAUUGUGAUUUAUAUGAAGGAAUUAUAAGUGUUGUUCAUUCGGACACAUAAUAAGAAACUAGAGUGGAAAGAAAAAUAGUGUUGGAUAACAUGGAUCAUCAUAUGCAAAAUCCGCCUCUUCAUUGGGGAUACUCAGGAACACCUCCACAUAACACCUGGGUACCACCACAGACUCGAGCAAUGAAAAGAAGUAUUUCGGAUAGUGAAGACGAAUACUCUGAAACUUCGUCCAAAGACCAAAUAUCUCCCAAAGAUGCUGACACAGAUAGCUGUCAACAUUUAAGCAGAAAAAAGCGUCGCGGUGUCAUUGAAAAGAAACGCAGAGAUCGAAUCAAUUCGUCGUUGUCGGAAUUGAAGCGACUAGUUCCAUCCGCAUAUGAGAAACAAGGAUCUGCCAAAUUGGAAAAGGCCGAAAUUUUACAAUUGACUGUUGAUCAUCUGAAGACAUUACAUGCAAAAGGUGUCGAUUCAUUAGCCUACGAUCCGCAACGUUUUGCAAUGGAUUAUCACAUAAUCGGAUUCAGGGAAUGUGCUUCAGAGGUGGCAAGAUACCUAAUAAACACCGAAGGAAUGGACAUACAGGAUCCGUUGCGAAUGCGUUUAAUAUCGCAUCUGCAGUGUUUUGUCGCACAGCGAGAACUGUCUGUCAAAAGUGGAUCGCCAGGUAAUUGGACCCAUCCACCGUAUCAACCAAACUAUGCACCACCGCCACCAUACCAUCAAAAUUAUCCAAGUCACAUAUCUGGUGGAAAUGGAUACAUUCCGAAUUUACCCAAUUUACCGGCACCCACGGCAACAGCCACACCAGUGCCACCAUCGAGUAUCCAUCACUUAAGUACAUCACAUACAGUCACAAUAACUAGUGCCACGGAAGCGUCCCAAUCUGCAGCUAUACUAUCGGAACAUCCGGAGGAACAACAUGGACAGGACCUCCAUCAUCAUCAACAGCAUCAGCAACAUUAUAGCAGUAAUAACCCGCAUGAAUCACAUCCCGAUCAUCAGGGACCUCCAUCCUAUAUAGACUUAAGUGACAUUAAUAGAAAUAGUUCAGCAAGUUUGGGAUAUGGUGUACCUCAAUAUCCGUCCGGCGGAGCCCAAUACGGUAAUCAGAAUAAUGGAUAUAAUUCGAAUAGUUCAAAACCGUACAGACCUUGGGGUGCUGAAAUGGCAUACUGACGAUGUGAAUUCAAUGAAUAGAUAUGGUAACAAAUGUGUA